AUGGCCGCUCCUCGAGGACGUCUUCAAGGCAAAAACGCCAUUGUCACGGGUGCCGCAGGUGGAAUCGGGCUCGAAACCACCAUCCUAUUCGCCCGCGAAGGCGCCUCUGUCCUAAUGGCCGAUAUUUCUGAGCCAGCUCUUGAAAAGGCCGUUGCCAAGGUCAAAGCAGCCGUCCCCAACGCCCCCAAAGUUGAAGCAGUUAAGUGUGAUGUGUCAAAGGAAUCCGACAUCCAAGCAAUGGUCGAAAGGCUAGACUCUUGGGGAGGACUGGACGUUAUUUUCAACAACGCCGGCAUCAUGCAUGCCGACGAUGCCGAUGCUAUUGACACGGCGGAGAAGAUCUGGGAUUUGACACACAAUAUCAACGUCAAGGGUGUGUGGUACGGAUGUAAGCAUGCUGUACUCAGCCUAAGACGGCAUAAGAAGACAAAAGGCAGUAUAAUCAACACCGCAAGUGUCGUUGCGUUGGUUGGCAGCGCGACUCCUCAGCUUGCAUAUACUGCGAGCAAGGGCGCCGUUCUAGCAAUGACAAGAGAGUUAGCUAUCGUCCACGCGAGAGAAGGGUUUAGAUUCAAUUCUCUAUGCCCCGCACCUUUGAACACCCCUCUUCUCCAAGAUUGGCUGGGAGACGAUGCCCAUAAGCGCAUGAGACGUGAGAUUCAUUUUCCAACCGGCCGCUUCGGCGAGGCCGUUGAGCAAGCACAGGCCGUUCUUUUCCUUGCUAGUGAUGAGAGUAGCUUUGUGAAUGGCUCCGAUUUCGUGGUUGAUGGUGGCGUAUGUUACACCUGA